AUGGACCUUCAGUUGACAGAGCCGGUGACGCUGCCCCCAAACCGGGCUCAGAGUGCCGUCGCGGCAGGGGCUCCCUCCGCUUGCGCUCCCUCCUUGGAGGUGGCCGCAGUGCCAUCUGUCAGUUUGCAGGGGCUCAUGAGGGAUCUGCCUCGCGAAAUUGUCGAGCAUCACACCAUUGUGAAGCAGAAGCCCGAGUACAAGACGGUGGAGAAGCCCAUAGAGGUCCCCGAAUAUGAGGUGUCCGAGCAGGUCCAGGAGGUCGUCACUCGCAUCACUCAAGAAAAGGUGAUCGAAGUACCGCAGACACAUAUAAUCGAAACACUGCGGCAAGUGCCAGUUCCUGAAUAUCAGGAGGUCGUCAGGGAAGUGCCUUUGCCGAUCGUGGAGGGUAGAGAGAUGGUGCAAGAGGUGCCGACCGUGCUGCAAAAGGAAGUGGCCGUAGAGGUGCCUCAGGUACAGGUUCUUGAAUGUGUCAAACAGGUUGCCCGCAUCGUGGAGCAAAGGGUCAACAAGCCCUAUGCAAAGCCAGUGUAUCAGUUCAGAGAGCGAGCCGUGGAAGUCCCGCAAACAUUGGUGCACGAAGAGAUCACGGAGGUUCCCGUGCCUACUCGGAUUGAGCUGGUGAAACAAGUAGCCAAGGUGGAGGUGCAGCAGGUGGAGCGGACGGUGGAGCGGCCGCAAGUCCAGAUAACGGAGCGUUUCGAGGAUGUCCCCCAUAUCGAGGUCCAAGAGAACAUCAUCGAGGUUCCCAAAGUGCAGCUGCGCGAAGUCGUGCGCCAGGUCCCAAAGGUGGAGGUGCAGUACGUGGAAAAGAAAGUUGCCAAGCCUGUCUUCGAAUACCGAGAACGGGUUGUCGAAGUCCCUCAGGUUAUCUACCAGGAGAGGAUUGUCGAAGUGCCAGAGGUGGAAAUCCGAGAGGUUGUGCGUAAAGUGCCCAAGACAAUCGUGCAGUACGUGGAUAAGCGUAUCCCCAAGAAGGACCUUCGCUACUAUGAGAGGGUGGAGGAGGUACCAGUUCACCUUCAGCACGAGCAGCCGGUGGAGGUGAUGCAGGUCACGGCAGUAGAACAGAUACGCCAAGUUGCAAAGGUACAGUGGCAAGACGCCCCGAGGGAGUUCCCCAAGGUGCAGCUGCAAUCCGAGACGAAACAUGUGGAGGUGCCCAUUCAUUUGGUUCACGAAAAGCCGGUCGAGGUUGAGGAGGUGGCAGCGGUGGAAAUCGUGACCCAAAAGCUACGACCAAAGUUUGAGCCACGGGAGCGUGUCGUGCCAAAGCUCACGACAGAAGUGCAGGAGCGUGUGGUGCACGUGCCACAAGUCCUUGUCGAGGAGCAGGCAGUCGAACUUCCGCAGGCUAAUCUUGUCGAAGUUGUACGUGAGGAGCUGGCACCCAUGUACCAGGAAGUCAUAAAAGAAAUUCCAAAGGUAGCAAUGAACUACAUCGAACGUGUGGUCGAGGUCGAAACCUCCGCCGUGAAUGAGAAGCAGGGCUCCGUGCCAGCAGGCGUGACAGGCUAUGUUUCUCAGCCCGGCUCCAUGACCUUUUCUGGACCCACCCUCGGAAGCGCACAGGUGUGGCCACAAAGCUGCACAGUGCCUUCCACUAUUCGUGGUCCCGCUUCCAUUGCGAGCUCGCGAACGCCGUCCCCCAUCCGAGUGCAGACAUCAGGUGUUGCCAUGAUGGAGCCUGUGGCGGGGCCUGCCAAGGAAGAGAACAUUGAGAAGGAAGAGAAGCAGCCGGAGACGUCGGAUGAUGCGCUGCCGGAGCCUGAUGAUUCUGUGCAGCUGAGUGGAUUCACUGGCGGCAGUGCUAGCUUGAACGGCACGUUCGUGCCCGACGGGAACACCGUGAACGGCAAGCAGGUUUACAGCCAGAGCCAGGGAGAUGCGGGCCUCGAGUGCAUGUGGUACCACAACGGUGCCUGGCGUAUCGGAUCCUACAACUGGUUCAACAGCAGAGAGCUAGGCCGCUGCCACGCUUACGUGAAGACCACGCAGGAUCUGGGUGACAUUGCACCUUCCGAGACCUGGAUGAGCUGCAUGGGAACGGCGGGUGGAGAUCCAGAUGUGGAUAAGGGCCUCUUCCAGCCGCAGAUGAGUGCGAAAGCUGCGAAGCUGGCACUUGACAGCCUCACAAGACGCUCGACAAGCAAGAAGACGUCGCAGGUGCCAGUGGGUGGCAGCACUCGGCUGGCGAACAUUCUUGCUGACCAGUCUUGGCGGCACGACUUCGAGCUACCCCCGAUGACGCCUCCGAGCAAGGAAAGGGCCCAGUGGCGCUCGCAGGGCAGUAACGAGGAGGUGACGAACCCCGAGGCAACUGACCUGCCCGAGAAGCCGGCAAGUGACAGCUAG